AUGUUUUCAUGGGAUCCAUUGAAAAAACUCUUGAGCGUGAAGGCAAAGUGCCUUAAUUCUACAAGAGAUACGUUGAUGAUACGUUUACCAAUAUGCUGGACACAACAUCAGCGGCUUCUUUUCUUCAGGUCCUGAACAACUGCCACUCUUCAGUUAAUUUCACUACGGAAACGGAAAUCAAUGGCGUGCUUCUUUUUCUCGGAAUGUAUUGUUUGAACAGAGCAUCACAAAUCGAGACCAAAGUUUACGUCAGACCUACCAACACGGGACUUUUGCUCCACAACCACAGCCAUGUUGAUAUGCGCUAUAAACGUGGGCUGUUGAAAACCAUGCUUGAUCGUGCAUAUCGCUUAUCGUCUUGCUGGUCGUAUUUCUCUGUUGAAUGUGACCGAUUGUUCUGCUUAAAUAUCCGCAACGUCUUAUCAUUAGUACCAUCAGGGAUUUUGUUGCUUCAAAGGCAAAAGACCAGCCACCGAAACCUGCCCCCGCAGAGAGCCCUCCAGUUCGUGUAGUGAGUCCUGCUGUUUAAAGACCAAGCUUCAGCAGAUUUAGUUCGUAAAAAGAGUAGAGAACUAAGCCAGAAGAUUCACACAGUCGUUCAAUCAGUUUUCGUUAGCCACAAGAUUCAGGAGGUACAUGUACUUAGAAAAAACCGCCCACUGUAAACCAACAGUGUGUAGUUUACCAAUUCCAAUGUGACUAG